AUGGCGGACACCCGAAACGCUCUCCCACGUCGCAAGGCAUGUUCCGAAUGCUAUAGGUCGCGGCGAUCGUGUGACCACCGGCGACCGUCAUGCAGUCGAUGUCUUGCGAGCCGACGGACUUGUAUCUACUCAUCUCAAGUCCGCCAUCGAGGAACGGAUGAAUGCGCCAAUGAUGAUGCAUUAGCAAACAAUCUCCUUCAACAGGGCGGAGAUCUUGGGAGUGGUACACCUGAUAGUACCUCUUCUCACCGAGAGCUCAGCGCGUUACCGUCAACUAGCCCAGCUAUCCAACCUCAAGUAGAAUCUUUUGCGUCAUUUGACACCAUAGAUUCUGCAAUUGAAUUUCCGCCUAUCAAUCUUCAGGUAGACCGAUUGGAAUAUGAAACGAUGAAAUACUGUGCAAAAGCUUUACAAGAAUUCCCGGCGCUACUCGUGCGAGCUGGUACGACACCAUUUAUCCACCGCUCCAUGCUCCAUGCCCAAGGAUAUCCGACCAUUCUGUAUGACACAUUUUCAGCAUGCGCCAGCUAUUUAACAAUGUCGGAAUCUACAGAACGCGUGGUAUUUAGCAUCCUCGACAUUCGCACCAAUCAGAUUCUUCAAGCGCCUCAAAGUUCAUCCUUGCUGGAGAACCUGGCCCGUAUACAAGCAUUGACUCUACUGCAGAGUAUCCGUCUGUUUAAUGGCAAUAUCAGACAACGUGCUCUCGCUGAAGCUCAGGAUGAGUUGUUCGAACAAUUAAUCCUAGUCCUUCAAGCUCAUCUUGCAGGCCUAAACAGGGAUUUCGAGUCUUCUUGGUCAGGAUGGAUAAUUGCUGAGAGUGUUCGACGUACCUUGGUCACGGCUUAUAUGCUACGCGGCGUUUACUCUCUACUGAAGAACGGCUACUGCACUCUGUCUCCUAUAGUAUCUCAGAUGUCAUUUACAGCUCAAUCGUCGCUCUGGGACGCGAGGACGGAAAGAGACUGGAAUCGUCGUCGCCGUAAUGGAAAGACAUAUUUCGUGUCCUGCAUGGACUUUAGCGAUAUAAUUCUCAGCGGAACUCAAGACGACUUGGAUGACCUAGGUAUGAUGAUGCUGGUCACAUAUCGAGGAUACGACUCGGUGAUGGCAUGGUCUCAAGGACAGCAAGAGGGUGUUUGGGCGUGGGCAUAACAACGGGAAAUGUGCAAGAAGUCAGCAAUUGACUUGGUUUCCCGGGAUAUCGGCCCAUGAGCGAGAUACGCAAUGCCAUUGCUCAUAUAUGUGAGAUUGUUCAUAUUUCUAAGGCGACUUUCUCUUUGUCAAGUUCGAAAAUUGUACCCAAAGCCUGCUAUUUUCCUCUAUUAUCAAGCCCGUGACAUUCACUCGAUAUUCUAUCAUAAUAUAUAGAAAAAC